AUGGUGCCAAUUAAGGACACAGUCCAAUCAAUCGGCUUGGCUCUCCUCAACCGCGCAAGUCGCCAACACCAGGACUGGUUUGAUGGCAAUACCACCGCCAUAAGCAGCAUGCUCGCCGAUAAGAACCGUCCACACAAAGCCUACGUCAACCGCCCUACCGACAACAGCAAUGCAGCCUUCUACUGUAAUCGCCGCCUUGUGAAACAGCGGCUGAGGGGGAUCCAGGACGUCUGGAUGGCUCGCAAGGCUGAGGACAUCGAAGGGUACGCGGACUGCAAUCAAUGGAAGAACUUCUUCCCCGCGACCAAGGCUGUCUACGAUCCCCAGUCAAAGGAACCGCUCCUCUUAGCGUCGUCGGAACUACCCUACUAAAUGAGAAGGCUCAAAUUCUGCAGCGAUGGAAUGAGCACUUCAGAGGCCUCCUCAACCGUCUCUCUACCAACUUCGACGCCGCCAUCGCCCGUCUGCCUCAAGUGGAGACCAAUGCCGACCUCGACCUCUCGCCUUCUCUCCACGAAACCAUGAGGGCCGUGCAGCGGCUUCCCUGCGGGAAAGCAUCCAGAUCGAACGCGAUCCCUACUGAGAUCUACAAGCACGGUGGCCCCAACUUAUGGAACACCUGA